AUUCAUUAGUUCCUAAAAGGGUAUUUUUGUAAAGUUGCUUACUUAAAGAGCUACAAAUAAGCAGAUCUUCCAUUUGGACGCCCAAGCUUAAAACCCUAGUUGCCUCUGUCCUCUCAAGUUUCAAGCUAUUGGACGCAGCCGCGGUUUUCAGGCUUCAGUUUUUCUUUGAAGGAUGGUGAGAGUCAGUGUCUUGAAUGAUGCCCUAAAGGCCAUGUAUAAUGCAGAGAAAAGGGGCAAAAGGCAGGUCAUGAUCCGGCCAUCCUCGAAAGUGAUUAUCAAAUUUCUUUUGGUCAUGCAAAAGCAUGGUUACAUUGGUGAAUUUGAGUAUGUUGAUGAUCACAGAGCUGGAAAAAUUGUCGUUGAGCUGAAUGGAAGGCUGAACAAGUGUGGGGUUAUAAGUCCUUGUUUUGAUGUUGGAGUCAAAGAGGUUGAAGGGUGGACUGCCAGACUGCUUCCUUCUAGACAGUUUGGAUACAUUGUGUUGACUACAUCCGCUGGCAUCAUGGAUCAUGAAGAAGCGAGGAGGAAGAAUGUUGGUGGCAAAGUACUUGGCUUCUUUUACUAAGCAGAGUUUUCUGAACCAUACUUGGAAUUUUUUUGCCUUUCUGCUGAGUAUUUCUUAUUUCUCUUUGAAGGAUUCCUUUUUUGUUGUCAAUGGUUUGUUAUCAUGUCUGAUGCAAUUUAAGAAUUGGAUAGCUGAAUGUUUUGUUCUAUGGAAGUUUAGGAUGUUAUAUCUCUUCGCAAUGUUUGAAGGCGUUUCAAUGGUUGCUACUUGCUGCUAGUGUGAUACCGGAAGAUCAUUUAAACUAAACUAUGUUUUUUCUCUGGUUCUUUU